CCCAUCCCCAGAUCAUUAAAUGACAGGCUCUACAACUCCUACUACUUGUGCUUCGGAAUCUCUAAAGGAUAACUUGCCGCUGGCUAGCCUCACCAGCAGCUCCAGCUCCUCCACAUUACAGACCUCUGCCGACGAUAAUGCUACCAACUGCAGUCUGAAGUCAUACAGUGACGGCUCAGUAGCGACGAUUUGUGCUCGUCCGUCUCCCAAACGAUCGAUCUCACUAUCGAAUCCAUACGCGCUUGUGCAGUCUAUCGCACACAUGCUUGGGCGCAUGGAAUCAGAGCCUUUGACGCAGCAACGCUACACGCCUACGACCGAGAAGCUGGAGGCUAUCACGUCGCUUGCGCUGGAGACAAAGAUCAACGGUGUGUUGGAUCUAGAUAAGCUUGAAAAAGCGCUGGGCAGACGGAUGUCGCAGCAGGAUUUCAUCUUGAGACGAGCCACAUUUGGGUCUCGUUAGGAGUUUUGGUUGUAUCGAUACUGUUUUAUGUAAAUCUAUAGCGAAUAUGACAAGCCA